AUAGGUGGGUUCCUUAAAUGGAAACUCUGAGUCCCACCCACAUUAGUUCUACACAGUCCAGACUGCGCCUGGUGAGAGAAUCGUCCUCCAGGAAGAGACUGAAAAUCCCCACACAAUGAGCUACCCUGGAUACCCUCCUCAGGCUGGCGGAUACCCUCCUCAGGCUGGCGGAUACCCUCCCCAGGCUGGCGGAUACCCUCCCCAGGCAGGCGGUUACCCCCCUCAGGCAGGGGGAUAUCCACCUCAGGCAGGCGGUUACCCACCUCAGGCAGGCGGAUACCCUCCCCAAGCAGGAGGCUACCCACCACAGCCGAGUGGCUACCCUCCUCAGCCUGGUGGCUACCCUCCCCAAGCCGGAGGCUAUCCACCACAAGCAGGAGGCUACCCACAGGCACCACCACCAGGCAGCUGGGGUGGCGGCCCGACCGGUGGUUAUCCCUCCAUUGGUCUUGACAGCUUAUCCAACCCUGGAUACAAUGCUGGCAUGGCCAACCAGAUCUCUUCAGGCAUGGGGGGUUUCACUCCAAACCCUUCCAUGUUCGCCCAAGCCCCUGGGGGGUACCCACCUCUCCCUCAGUCUGGUGGGUAUGGUGCCUCCUUCCCUAACCAACAGUCAUGUGGCCUGUACCCACAGCCAGGAGGGACCAUGCCUCAACACCAAGCCCCAGGGAUGAGCUACCCAGGUCAGCCUGGACAGCCCAUGCCAGGGUACCCUCGUGCCCCAUCACCUAAUCCUUCCAUGCCCGGUUUUGGAGGAGCACCAGCACCUAUGCCAGGGUACACACAGGGCCCAUCACCAAAUCCAUCAAUGCCAGCCUAUGGAGGAGGAGCCAUGCCAAUAGCUCCACCUAUCAAUAGGGGAUUCAGGGGAACAAUCAAGGACUAUCCUGGAGCUGACCCACUUAAGGAUGUGGAAGUCCUGAGAAAGGCCAUGAAGGGCUUUGGAACCGAUGAGCAAGCCAUAAUCGACUUACUGGGGAGUCGCUCCAACAAGCAGCGUGUGCCUUUGCUGCGGUCCUACAAAACUUCCUAUGGGAAGGAUCUAAUUAAGGACCUGCAUUCUGAACUAUCUGGAGAUUUCAGGAAGCUGGUCAUGGCUAUGUUGAAGAGCCCAGCUGAGUUUGAUGCCUACGAGCUCAACAGUGCCAUCAAGGGAGCUGGAACCGAUGAAGCGUGUCUUAUUGAGAUUCUGUCUUCUCGCUCCAACGCUGAAAUCAAGGAGAUAAACCGCAUUUACAAACAAGAAUUCAAGAAGACUCUGGAGGAUGCCAUCAGCGGAGAUACUUCAGGCCACUUCCGCAGGCUCCUGAUCUCUCUCGCCCAGGGCAAUCGUGAUGAACGGCCUAAUGUUGACAUCUCUCUGGCUAAACAGGAUGCUCAGGCCCUGUAUGCUGCUGGAGAAAACAAGCUGGGAACAGAUGAGUCCAAAUUCAAUGCUAUUUUGUGUGCCAGGAGCAAACCACAUCUCAGAACAGUGUUUCUCGAGUACCAGCAGAUGUGUGGAAGAGAUAUCCAGAAGAGUAUCGGCAGGGAGAUGUCUGGAGACCUUGAGAGUGGCAUGCUGGCAGUUGUGAAGUGCAUUAAGAACACACCUGGCUACUUUGCUGAGAGGCUCUACAAGGCCAUGAAGGGAGCUGGGACCAAAGACACAACCCUGAUCCGGAUCAUGGUGUCCCGUUCUGAGGUUGACAUGCUGGAUAUCCGCCAGGAGUAUGUUAAAAACUACGGCAAAUCGCUGUACACACACAUCUCUGGAGACACAUCAGGAGACUACAAGAAACUCCUCCUGAAGCUGUGUGGGGGCAGUGACUGAACUGGAAACAAUGUCUACUCCAGUUUUCAUUAUAUAUCAGUUUUAUAUCUCCUCUAUGCGCACUAUACACAAACUACAAACUUGCAUGCCAAGCCUAUCAAUGCAAUGUUUACCUAGUUGUAAGAACCUCAUAUAUUGCUUCAUUUGUUUUCUAUAUACAGUAUGCAAUCAAAUGUUCUAUAUUUUUUCAUUUGUGAAAUCUUUGAUUAUUUGAGUUAGAUACACACGGCCAUACAAUAGAUUUGUUAGAGAUGACAUAUUGAUUUUUAAAAGCUAUAUAUUUAUAACAUUUUAUUUCUUAUGUGCCAUUAUUAUCAGAUAUGUAGUGAUAUCUGCAAUGUUUAUCAGCUUUUUUUCUAAUGUUCAGCAAAGCUGUAGCUCAGUCCAUAAGGAUUUGGCUUGGGAACCGGAGGGUGGCCAGUUCAAGUCCAGCAUGGACCAUAAGCAUGGAAGGUGGACUGGUAGCUGGAGAGGUGCCAGUUCACCUCCUGGGCACUGCUGAGGUGCCCUUGAGCAAGGCACCGUACCCCCCAAUUGCUCAUAGGGCGCUUUUCCUGGGGCUGCCCAUCACUCUACCAUCUCUCUCCAAAAUGUGCAUGUCUUUGUGCCCUCUGUGUGUGUGUGUGUGGGAUUGUGGGUUAAUGCAUGUAUAAAAUGAAAACAUGAGUGUAAAAAGAAUUUCCCCUUGUGGGAUCAAUAAAAGGAAGUUAAAAUUUAAAGUAUGACCCAGAAUACAUAGGAGCUGAGCGCCAAAUUUAAUGUUUGCAACUGUAUUGUCUUUUCCAUAUCUUGUCUUCAGUUUACAGUGUUUUGUUAAUCAUAGUGUUUGGGGACAUUCUUUAUCUAGUGUGUCAUAUAUGUUUCAUUGUUGCAUAUGAAGUCAUAGCAUCAGAUUUCAUAAAUUGUUGAGUCUCAAAAAAUAAACAUUGAGAACAUACA